AUGUUGAGAAUGUUGAAAACAGAAAAGUCAUCAGAUUCUACCAUCACUACCAAGUUUGGACGUCGUCCUCCUUCUACCUAUUCCAUGAAGAUCCAAAGCCUCUCUCAGCUCAAGACUCUCUUCCCCGGAAACCAAAAAGACAACGGGAAACGGUCUGUUUCAAUGUACGUUGAGUUAGAUAGCAAAAGCGUCUCGUCCACUGUUUUGGCGUAUCUGACCUUCUUCGUCUACAACAAGAAAGAAAACAAAUACUUUACCAUUCAAGAUGAUGAAGGAAAGCAGUUCAAUGCGGUAAGACCCGUGCAUGGGUUUCCGCAAGUACUUCCGCUUGAUACGUUCAACGAUCCUAAAAACGGAUAUGUCUUUGAUGGAGAUGAGUGUGAGUUUGGUGUUGAUGUGAUGGUUCCACUUACCAACUGGGAAGUUGUCUCCUAUGCUCAGGUACUUCCGCUUGAUACGUUCAAUGGUCCUAAAAACGGAUAUGACUUUCAUGUAGAUCGUGUGUGA